AUGUCAUUGAGAUAUCUUGGGAGAGUUUCGCCCCAAAGCCGCUCGAUCUUUGCCUCUUGUUCUUAUUUAAAAGCUAGACCUAGAUAUAGAUUAUUUCAUGAUACCUCAUCGCAAAAGAGUACAACUAUUAAUUCAUCGGAUCACCAUAAUGACCACCACCACCACCACCAUAUCAUAUCUCCAGGGGUACAGUCCGAGGCUGCUGCUGACCAACUGUUAAACACGGCCCGAGGCAACUUGGUGGAGGCAGAUGCCCACCCCCAUUCUACACAAUAUCUUAAAGCUUUCGAUAAUAAAGAGCUUUUUUCCUUUUUGUUAAUGGGAUUGUGCACGUCGAUGAAUCCGGUACUUCGGACGUGUAUAAAGGUUUUCCCUUAUGUGCCGAUCCUGGUAAUCAAGGCAUUGGUGUAUCGUAUCUACUGUGGUGGCGACAAUAUCCAAGACGUGAGAAAAACGGCAAGGAGAUUGCAUUCUAGAGGAAUCAACAACGUGAUGAUAUCGUUGACUAUUGAAGCUUGUGAAGGAAACGACAAUAUUGAUCCUGAAUAUAUCAUUGACGAAACCAUAGAAUCCAUCAACGGCAUAUUAGUACCCCACACCGUUGAAAUGAUUGAAACAGCAGGUAAGGAUAUCAAUGAUAUCCCAUCGGGCUAUGUUGCUUUGAAACCUACUGGAUUUGUCAAAAACGCUCCACAUGUUUUGAAAAAUUACAGGAACGGAGAAGAAAAGGCAUUUGAUGAAUUGGUUGCCAAGGCAUCUAGAGCCUGUCAAGCUGUUUAUGACGCCAACAUUGAAUUGGCAAAAAAGUAUCCUCAAAGAGUGGCACCUUUUGUUGUAGCAGUUAUUGACGCUGAAAAGUACGACUUGCAACCAGCAGUUUACGAGUUACAACGUCAAUUAUACCAAAAAUUCAACCAAAUGCACAAACCGGUUAAUGUUGUUGGUACUUUGCAAAUGUACCUCUCCGAUAGUGCAAACUUGUUGGCUUAUGAAGAGAAAUUGGCUAACCAGAAUAAUUAUAGGUUAGGAUUGAAACUUGUUCGUGGUGCUUACAUCCACUCAGAAAAGGCAAGGUCUACAGUCAUCCACAAGACUAAACAAGACACUGAUGACAACUACAAUGCUGGAAUUUCUUAUUGUAUCGAUUCUAUAUUGGAACCAUCAUCAAAGGCUAACUCCUCGACAAUUGGCCAUUUGGUAGUGGCAAGUCAUAAUGCAGAGUCGUUGAGAUUAGCAAGCUCCAAAGUGUACAGUGAUGCAAACGUGAACAAUAAAAAUAAAAAUAAUGUGGUUUUGGGCCAAUUAUUGGGUAUGGCUGAUGAAGUUACUUAUGAUUUAAUUCAAAACAACAAGAUUAAUAAUGUUAUUAAAUAUGUUCCUUGGGGACCACCGUUGGAAACUAAAGAAUACCUUUUAAGAAGAUUAGAAGAAAACGGAGAUGCCGUAAAGAGCGGUAAUGGCUGGACAACGUUCAAAGCCACAUUCAAUACAUUGAUGGGCAGACUUUUCAAAAGCUCAGCUUAA